AUCUAAAUUAGAAUUUAGAACCCCAAAAAAGUAGCAAAAUUUUCAUUUGCAAUGGCUGUUGCUGAAAUCUUUAUAGGUGCAUUCAUCACUGUGUUGUUCGAGAAACUGGCCUCUACUGACUUGAUGAGGCUUGCUCAAUCUGCAGGAAUCCAUUCUGAGCUCAACAAAUGGAAGGACACCUUGUCCCAGAUCCAAGCUGUGCUUCUUGAUGCAGGCCAGAAGCAUAUCAUAGAUACAGCUGUUCAACUGUGGUUGCACAAACUCCAACAUUUAGCUUACGAAAUAGACGAUGUUCUUGAUGAUUUGGCCACUGAAUCUAUGCGAAAAGAGUUGAAAGGAGAAUCUAACACCAGCACCAGCACCAGCACUAGUAAGGUACUGAGGCUGCUUAUUCCAAGUUCUUGUACUAGUUUAUCUCCUCAUGCCUUAAAGUAUGGUAGUAAGAUGAGUUCUAAGCUCAAUGAGAUUACAACCAAAUUGAAUGCUCUUGUUGUGGAGAAAAAUAUAUUGGGUUUGAUUAGUAAUGUGGAAAUGUCAAAUAGAAUAAGUAGACGGUUAGAGGAAACAUCACUGGUUGAUUUGUCCAGAAUUGUGGGUCGUGAUGGGGAUAAAAAGGCAUUGCUAGAGAAGUUGCUGGGCAACGAAUUGUGCGAUGAAAACGUCAGCAUCUUGUCCAUUGUUGGUCUGGGUGGAAUAGGCAAAACCACUCUAGCCCAAGUAUUGUACAAUGAUGAGAAAGUGAAGAAUCACUUUAAACUCAUGUCAUGGGUUUGUGUGUCUGAUGAAUUUGAUGUAUUUAAUAUUAGCAAGGCUAUUUUUAAAGAUGUAGGUGGGGAGGAUGCAAAAUUUGAAACUCUUAAUCAGCUUCAAGUAGCCCUUACAGAAAAACUUAUAAAUAAGAGGUUUCUACUUGUUCUUGACGAUGUUUGGAGCGAAAACUACAACGAGUGGGAACUCCUUCUACGCCCGUUUGUUGUAGGGGCAAGUGGGAGUAAAAUUAUCCUGACAACACGGAAGACCAUGGUUGCAUCCAUGAUGGAUUCUUUUCAAGCUUACCCUCUCGACCAUUUGUCAAAUGAAGAAGCUCUAUCUUUAUUUGCUCAACAUGCUUUAGGUAAACCAAACUUUGAUUCACAUUUAACACUAAAAUCACAUGGUGAAGGUAUUGUGAAGAAAUGUGGUGGACUGCCUUUGGCUUUGAUAACAUUGGGGAGAGUGUUGAGAACAAAGUCAAAUGAUGAAGAAUGGGAAAAGUUGUUGAAUAGUGAGAUAUGGCAUUUACAGAAUGAAAAUAAAAUUCUUCCGGCUUUAAGGCUAAGCUACUACGACCUCCCACCACAUCUGAAGCAAAUGUUUGCCUAUUGUUGCUUGUUCCCUAAGGAUUACGUGUUUCAAAAGGAUGAACUAGUCUUGCUUUGGAUGGCAGAAGGGUUCUUGUAUGAAUCAAACAGCAACAAGUCAUUGGAGAGUUUAGGUCGGGAGUGUUUUGAAGAGCUUGAGUCGAGAUCGUUUUUUCAGCAAUCAACCAAUGAUAAAUCAGGAUAUACAAUGCAUGAGCUAAUAAAUGACUUGGCCACAAGUGUUGCAAGAGAGUUCUUUCUUAUGUUGGGUGAUAAGAUGGCCCUUUGUGACAUGAAAGAAGAUUUGGGUAAGUUCCACCACUUCUCCUUCAUUCGUGAAUCAAAUGGAGUAUACAGAAAGUUCAAGGCAUUACAUAGAGCUAGACGCUUGAGAACUUUCAUAGCUAUGUCUAUCACAAAGUUGAAUACUAGGCAAAGAUUCUACUUAUCAAACAAUGUGCUUACAGAACUACUUCCCAAACUACAAUUCUUGAGGGUGCUAAGCCUUGCUAAUUAUAAUAUUACAGUGGUACCACACUCCAUUGGUAGUCUCAAGCAUAUGCGAUACCUCAAUUUUUCCAACACGGACAUCAUAUGUUUACCGGAACAAGUCGGUGACCUUUACAAUCUGCAAAGCUUGUUGGUUUCUGGUUGUCCUCAUUUAUAUAGCUUGCCAAAUAGUACUGUAAAGUUGAUAAACCUCCGACAUCUUGACAUUAGUGAUACUCCAUUGAUGCGCAAGAUGCCUUUAGGAAUUGCUGGGUUGACGAGUCUACGAACUCUUUCAAAAGUCAUUAUUGGAGAAGAAGACGAGUUUAAAAUAUCUGAUCUUAAGGGUCUAUUUCAUCUCCAAGGUCAACUUUCCAUAGAGGGGCUGCACAAAGUGAGAAAUGCAGUAGAAGCGAAGGAAGCCAACUUACAACAAAAAAAGAGUCUUCGCGAUUUGGAGAUGAAAUGGAGUGCUGUCUUUGAUGGUUCUCAUGAUGAAAUAUCUGAAUAUGAAGUGUUUGAAGGGUUAAGGCCUUUUGAAAAGUUGACAAGCCUCAAGAUUUAUUACUACAAGGGAACAAAAUUUCCUAGUUGGGUCAGGGAUGCCUCACUUGUUUGCUUAACCCAACUUACAUUACAUGGGUGCCGUUAUUGUACACAUUUACCAACACUUGGGCAUCUACCAUCACUUCGGAAGUUGUUUAUUCAACGAAUGGAUGCAUUGAAAAGAUUGGGUCCAGAGUUACUUGGACCUCCUAAUUCUUGCCCGGCAGUUGCGUUCCCAUCACUUGAAGUUUUGGAAUUUAAAAAUAUGAAGAAUUGGGGGGAAUGGUCAACUAGUGGUGAUGACAAAGAAUUGUUGAAUGGUUUCCUUAUCUUCAUGAGAUGUCUAUAAUAAAUUGUCCAAAACUAGAUGUAGUGGCAAUUGAGUUAAUACCAUCACUUCGGGUUUUACAUAUACAAGGAUGUUCAGUAGUGGUGUUAAGAAGCAUGGUCGGUGUGGCUUCAUCAAUUAUCAGAUUAACGAUCUGGGAUAAUAAAGGACUCAAUCAACUACAUAGAGAAGGUUUAGAGCAUCUUCAAGCAGUUGAAUCUUUACGCAUUUUACAGUGUGAUGAACUCACAUAUUUGUGGCAAUCAGAAGCAGAGGCAUGCAAGAUUCUUGUGAGUCUACAGAAGUUGGAAGUAAGUGGGUGUGUAAAUUUGAUAUCAUUGGGAGAGGAGAUGGUGACACAGGUGAUUGGCAUGGAACCUUUUAGAGAAGUGGAAAUUAAAAGUUGUCCUAGAUUAAAUAGUUACUACUGUCCAAAUAGUGUUGAGAAGUUGAAGAUAUCCGGUUGUGAUUCAAUUACAUCCUUGACCUUCCAAACAAUGCAUGAUCUCCCAUCCAAUUUGAAGAUUCUUAACAUUGAGGAUUGUCAUAAUCUAGAAGUGAAUUGGCUUGACACCAACUUUUUGUUAUCACUUGAAUCUCUAAUCAUUUUCAAAAUACCGACUCUGAGGUUGUUUCAUGAAGAAUGCCUAGUUCAUCUCACCACACUAAUAAUUUCUGGAUGUGAUAACAUAGAAACCAUUCCAGGUAAAGGUUUUGGAUUUCUUCCAUUUCUUUGUCUGAGAUCUCUUGUGAUCGCUAAUUGCAAAACUCUGAAGUCAUUUCCGCACGAGCAAUUGCAAAGUCUCACUUGGUUGGAAGAAAUGAGGAUAAGUAAUUGUCCAAGGAUGGACUACCCAUUUCCUUGUGGUUUAUGGCCACCUAAUCUAAGUACAUUAUUUAUAGGAGGCUUAAAGAAACCCAUAUCGGAAUGGGGGCAACAAAAUUUCCCAACCUCACUUGUUACACUAAUCUUAUACGGCAAAAAUUCAGGAGUGGUUUCCUUUGCAAAGGUGGAAGAUAUGAGGAAUAGCAGCAAUACCACUUCACCAUCUUUUUUUCUUCCUCCAUCGCUAACUUAUCUAUAUAUCCGUGAUUUUACGGACCUGGAAUCACUUUCAAAGGGCCUGCAACACCUCACUUGCCUGGAAGAACUUGUUAUUGUGUCAUGCCCCAAGCUUAGAGAUCUUCCCGUGACACUACUCCCUUCACUCUCACGUUUGUCGGUGGAUUCUUCAUCCCCAGAACUAAGAAAAAAGUGUCAUAGAAAUGGAAAGUACUGGCACAUCAUCUCCCAGAUCCCUGAUCAUCAGCUAUAUUGAUCACAUGUCUGAAAUUGGUCUUAACACUGUCCUAAAACGAUUUUGCUUGGAGGGCAUGGCCAAAGAGGGCGGAGGUUUAUAAGAUGACAAAAGCUCCAAAUCUAAGCUCAUGACUAUGAAGGAUUGAAGGGCCACUCCAAUACCAAGAUAAACCAGGAAUGAUAUUUGUAUAUUGAUUGUGCGUAAUGUCACAGUUGUCUCUGUCUAGAUACGAUAAUGACAUAACUUGUCUAGUAUCCAAUGUCACCAUUUUCCAGUCUCUUUCUUUCAUAUAUCUGAUUCUAAUUAAGCAUUCCACUUAAUGCCCCAUGUAAGUUCUCCUCCUCCCUUAAAAAUGUAAUUUCAUAUUAAUUUAAUUUUUAUUUACUUUUAUUGCAAAAUAUUAUUUUUAUUCGCAA